AUGACAGCCGCCAGCACCAGCACCACCACAACAACAACGUCCUGCUGCCCGAACUGCGGGCUUUCCCUACCCCCCGCCUCCGAAGCGCAAAUAGCCCUACUCCAGGCGCAAAAACAGAUCGAAGACCUGGAGGCCCAGGUGCGCCUGCUCAACCAGAAAGCCACCGCCGCAGUGGACCGGUGGGCCGACUACGAAGACGAGCUAUCGCGGCUGCGCGCCGCGUCGACGACGUCCGUCGCGACGAAUACUACUACCACGACCAGCAACAACAACAACAACAACAGCAGCCCGCGAUCGUCGUUCCUGCCGACGGCGGCAUCCGGGGCCGCGGCGCGGAUAAGCCAGCUGCUAGCGCCGCGCAAGUCGGUGCCGAACCUAGCGACGCAGCGGGGGUCGAUAUCGGCGCCGGCGCCGGUGAUGCCUAACGGAGACGACUUGCUGGAGGCGCUGUCGCGGGAGCGGGAGCUGCGGGCCAAGGCGGAGGGCAAGCUGCGCGAUACGAGCAGGGAGGUGGAGGAGCUGAGCGCGACGCUGUUCGAGCAGGCGAAUGAGAUGGUGGCGAGCGAGCGGCGGGCGCGGGCGAAGCUCGAGGAGCGGGUCUCGGUGCUGGAGCGCAGGGAUGUGGAGAAGAGGGAUCGGUUGGAUCGGUUGGAGGGUGCGAUGGGGAGGCUGGAUAGGGUCAGGGCGUUGUUGGAGGAGCGGUAG